GUUUAAUUUUCUCUCACUCGCAAACAAUGGGUUCAUUAAACAUAAAAGGUAGUGUAUUUCUUUGUAAACAUGAUUUAUUAUGGAAGAAAUUAAAAAUUAAAUUAUGUAAUAACAUAUCAUUUUAAGAAAAUUGUGUUAACAGGUUUCGUGAUUUGAUUUUAGAAAUUUUUCAAAUGUAUUCAAAUAUUACUUAAUUACUUGGUGGGUGCGUACAAAAAAUAGAAAAUGGGAUUUUCGACGAACUUGCAAGGGCGCAGCGCGCACGAAGCACUUCUUUUACGACAAGAUGCCGAGCUACGACUUUUGGAAACAAUGAAGAGGUGCAUGAUUUUAAAAGUGAAAUGUGAUCGGGAAUAUGCAGUUGCACUUAGUGCUGCUGUUACUCAGGGGCUGAAGAUUGAUCGAAGCGACGAACUUUCGGGUAGUUUAGUUGUGUCCGCAUGGAGAAGUAUGAUGGAGGAAUUCGAGAAUAGCAGUAAAUUAAUAAAACAAAACGCCGACAAUAUCGAGAGCAAAACGUUGGACGCGUUAAAUACCAUGUAUGCGGAAAAGAGGAAAGCCAGAAAGCAAUAUCAAGAAGAGCAUACCAGAAUAUCGCAUCAGUUUACACAUGUGAGUAAACUUUAUUUUUGGUGCGGUAAAUUUAGAUAAUCGGCUAAUAUGUGUUUAUAAAA